AUGAAUGGUAACAUUCUGGUGAAAUGUGAACCGGUUAGUAAAGAGUCGGAAUUGUUCAACAGUCUUGUUGCGGAUGGCCAGGAUGAUAUGCAGCAGCAGCAGCAACAGCAAUCGCAACAAUGCCAUCAGCAAGAGCUACGCUUUCUGUGCCUGUACAAGCUGAAGGUAGCCGAAGAAACGGUGGAAAUACUGGAAGCACAACAGAUAAAUGUCGAGUGCUUACGCAAAAUGCGCAUAGAAGAUGUGGACGUCCUGUUCGAUGGGAAGCCGCUCGGUUGGAAGAUUCUGUUCCGCGAAGCAUUUCUCGAAUGGCGAGAAGAAAUAGGCCUUCCAUGCAAGAGCAUCAAAACGCUGUACAAUCGCAAACGUUCCAGCGAAUCGUACGAAACGCAAGGGGAAAACCAAUCGGCAACACUAGCCCACUGGGAUGAUUGUUUCACACCAUCGGCACAGCUGUUUCUAGCGGAAAAGGAAGCACCGGAAGAGGUACAACAGCUUGAAAAUAGUGCUCUAAGUAAUCAAACCAUCCGUUGGCCUAUGACACCGGCUACGCUAAAGGAAGUGCUGUACAGUACAACCGUUGGGCGAUCGAUUCUUUCCCGUGGAUGUCUCGGAGUGUUGGGAAAAUCGUUACAGUACCAGCUGACGGCCAUCGUCAUUGACUAUCAUAUGGCGUACGAGACGAAAAUUACUUCACCCGAGCUGGAAAACUAUGCGCACUGCAUAACCACACUAUUGCCUCACGAAACUGCGGCAACUUACCACAUUCCUCGCGGUCCUAACCGGCGCAAUCCGGGUGGUUCACUGUAUUCUCGUUUUAUUAAUCAGAAAAUUAGCAAAAAAGCGCUUGCGAUCGGAAAUUCAAUAGCUGCAUCGUAA